UUGUUACAGUCUGAAGACCAUCAUAGACAGUGACGAUGUUGAGCUGAGCUCCAGCCUGAAGCUCGAGGAAAACUGGGAACAGACAAACAUUUCCUACCCUCCCUCCUGGACAAGUUCACAAAGUUCAGGUUCAGUGUCAAAGGGCAGUAUGGACCCUGAUACUUAGUUAUUAAACGUUACACCAAAAUCAUUUUUAUCAUUGUAUCACCAGCCAACUGUAUCUAUAGAUAUCAGUAUCUUAUCAAAUAGUGUUUAUAACGUUAUCUUAAAAAAAGAAAAGAACUAUAUUUUAGUAUGAAUUUGAAUUGAAAAACUUUCUUAGCAUGGUCUCUUAAUGCUGUAGUUGUUAUCAAUAAAUCAUACAUUGAUAGAUACAUGUCUACCCACGAAUGUCAAAUUUAGACCCAGAGGUCGCAGGCUUUUUCCUGUCGAAUCGUGUUCGAUGUGACGUCAUUCGAAUCGAACGGGAGUCCCAUUCUGGGUCACGUGCACCGUAUGACACCGCGAAGAGGUGCAUUUAUGCAAAUCUUUUGUAUACAAUUAUAUCAAUUGUAAAUUUUGUAUCUGAUUUAAUCCAUUCUACGUUGCAACGUGUAAAGAUGUCCAAAGAUAACAAGCAUAUAACUACCAUAGAAUAAUCAUUAAUUGGAUGUACAUAUAAAUUGGUAACUGUUGUAUAACGUUACCUACAUAUAUAUACCUUUACAUACAAUGCAUACAUAAUAAAUUGGAAAUUGAAUUGUACAGUCACUUAAUAAGUUAAAAGUUCAUGACUAAGACUGAUGAAACCAGUGGAUUAGAUUUACUGCAACAAACGAUUGUAAUUAAGAAUUGCGUAACAAAUUGCUGACUCAUCGUGACCUACUGGUCGUUUUCCAUUGGUUACAGACAAGAUGGCGUCUACCUUUCUGUCUUUGUUAGCUUAAAACUAAUCAGUCUACUUAGAAUCCCUUCUAACUACGAAAUGGAACAUCUAUUUUCCAUUUAAAGGAAAUGUGAUAUGUCGGUGGUAAUUGAAGGAUGUAAAAAGACGAACCUUCCACUUCCAGGCUUUCGGUUUUUCCUCACGUUACAAGAAAAGAAGAUUUACCUCACACAAAUUAUUCAUAAAGGGUUUAUAUUUUGCUUGCUCUUUUGUUAUGGGUAAUAAAGGGUGUGAGAUAUUCGAUAUUUUGCAAAGCUGUUGGAAAUCCAGAUUCUGGUUCCAACCUACUUUGGCCAUAUUAGGCUAUUAUGUUACAUGGACGUCCGGAACACGAGUCAGUGGGAAAUUCCAUUAGCUUGGGUAAUUGGAGUAAUGUUGUUUUGUGAUGAUGAAGACCUCGAGUACAGCAAGAAUAUUGCUAUAGAUUGGAUACCUGAACGCCGCUUGACUUUUCUGUGUGCACGUAUGUCAUACUCAUUGUACAUGCAUGGCUUUUGGGAAUAGCAAACAGCGGGUACUAUGUUGAUAUCCUCUCGUUACAUUUGUUGAAAAUACUGCGUGGGGUACGAAGUUGUGUGUAAAGCGCUGUUGGGCCCGACGUCAGUCGCCUUUUGAAGCCUCCAUUGCCAUCGGAAACAGUUGGAAGAAGGGCACUUCCAGCAUAUCCAGAAAGGAGCUCAAAACGUUGACGUUGCACAGAUGCUGCGGAUAUAUUUUUAUCAGAAUCUGCAAGAGGAAACCCGAAUUUGAAACAGAAACUCUGCCUACGUGUGAACGUCAACGCACCUACGUCAUCACAUUCCCAUUGGUCUAGGGUGUCGAGUGGAAUAUGUUUAUAUUUUCCAUCACGUGACCUAGCACGAGGAGAAUUUUAUUAUCGCCGAGCUUCAGGCGUUUCCUCGAGUGACGUCAGAGUGAGAGAAAAACAUUCUGUCUUCAGCGCUGUGGACUUCAACAGCGAUAUGAUCGCACUGAUGAUCAGGUCUCUUCGUAGGAGAUGUUUUUACUGCUGAAGAACGUACCAAUAACAGUUGGACAUAUAGCCGGAUAUAUGGGGUACAAGUUUUGAGAUAACGUCUUGUUUCUUCAAAUUCUUAAAAAGAAUUGUAAAACAACAACAACAACACUCCACUGAGAUGUGAAAAGAAAGGCAAGCAACAGCGAGCGACGAUGUUCUACUCCAAUGACACGCUGAGCUUGCUGCAGAUCCUGUUGCCGCUCCUCGAACGGUACAAUGAAAGUCUACACCUUCGGGAGGUCCGGACUGAGGUACCGGCGGCGGCGGCGUCCCUUUCCGCUGAUGCUCCCGCGCAGUUGUUUUCGGACAGCAUCCUGGUCCCCGUGACGGUAUUAUGCGGGCUGCUGUUUGUGGUGGGAGUUACCGGAAACAUUCUGACUGUUCUGGUCAUCGUUCUGGACCGGGGCAUGAGGACAACCACAAACUUUUAUCUAGCAAGCCUGGCCAUUGCUGACCUGAUGACGUUUGUUGUCCUCCCACUGGAGCUGUACCGGCUGUGGCAGUACCAGCCGUGGGUGCUGGGGCCGGUCGCCUGCCGAGCGCUCUACUACCUGAAGGAGACCUUCACCUACGCCUCCAUACUCCACAUCACAGCCUUCACUAUCGAAAGAUAUUUGGCUAUCUGCCACCCUUUCACGGCUAAGCGAGUUAUCCGGAAGUCCAGAGUGAAGAAGCUGAUCUGGGCGAUCUGGGGCGGAGCGUUCGUCAUCACCAUCCCCGUACUGUUUAUCUUCGGCCUGGAGCAGCGCCCAGGGGGCACCGGGAUCGUACAGGCUUGCACAGUGCUUGAGGGCUCCAAGCUGUCCGGCCUACUCAUAGUGGCCACCGCCUGUUCCACGGUGUUCUUCUUCGGUCCGGUGGUCCUGAUGAGCGUCAUGUACAGCCUCAUCGCCCGGCACCUGCGCACUAGGACAGCGCAGGCCUGCAGCUCCUCCUUGCGGGUGAGGGAGAAAAGCACCCAGCAGGUGGUGAAGAUGUUAGGAGUGGUGGUGGUGGCGUUUGUGAUCUGCUGGUUACCUCAUCACGUGGCACAGCUCAUGUUCUCCAACAUACAGAUUUGGACGCAGAAGACCACCACGCUCAACAACAGCAUCAUGAUCACGUCAUUCGUCCUGGUCUACGUCAGUUCCGCCAUCAACCCCAUCCUCUACAACGUCAUGUCCGACAAGUUCCGGAAGGCCCUGCGAAGACUACCCACCAACAUGGCCGCCGGCAUCAUCCGCCGGACCAAGAGCGGGAAGUUCGCCCGCCGGCCGCUGAAGAACUCCCCCAGCGGCGGCAGCGCGAGCUCGGACACCACUGCCUUCCGCACGCGCGGCACAAUCGAACAGACGGAACCGCUGUUCUCCUCUGUGUACUACUGCACCGCCGUGUAGGGUAUCAAUUAAUGUUCUGUGUGCCUCAUUUCUUAUGGGCCCGUAGGAGAUAUGGAUCUGAAGUCGUUGUACAGUCACAUUACCAAACCGAUGGCCAGUCGCGUUUUUACCAUAUGAUGUGUGAUAUUCAUUCAAGAAAUAUAAUUCAGUUCUGUGAAGUAUUGACAGAAAAGUGCUUUAUAAGCGUAUGUUCAUAGUAUGGCUAGCGUUUGUCAUUCUUAUAUCUUUAUUAGCUAUACGAAGUCGUCAGAAAACAUAGGAACUUUUUAUGGACAAUGACAUUGUUUAGCCAUAUCAAGGUAAGGACAAAAUAUCAAUAGAUAAAAACGAAUGGAGAAACGUCACAAAUAGAGAAACAUCAUAAGAGUACUUCGUUAAUCAAAAUACGAAGGAAAUAGAUUUUAUUCUAUUUACUUAUUACACUCCCUUUUAGAGCCAGUA